CCCUCCCGUCGUUCAUCUACAGAUUUUGACAACAGCUACUAAGAACACACCUGUUUCGCACUGAUCAAAUUUUUAUACGUGCUGAUGCGAUUUAUCGCCUUAUUAUUCAUUUUUAAUUUUCUUAUAUUUUAACAUUUGUUUACAAAAUGUUACAAAAAAAAAAUUUUCUGUAGCUUGCGUGUGGAAGAGGUUAAAAAGGAAUCCUACUUCAUGGUUGUAUCGUCCCAUACAUUCCUCUGGAGAAACGAGAACUAUUAAUAGAACGGAACGUAAUAUUGUUACAAAAUAACACAUUCGAAAAAAAAUGUUACGUGACGUUCUUGUACAUUUAUUAAUUAGUGCCUUGGGUAUAUUGAUUGGUGUAUCUGCGUUUUUUGUCUUGUUCAUCAUUUAUGGGAAUCAUGAUAUUGGAUUUUGGUCAAUAUUAACAGGUGCCUUAGCUGGAGUCUGUUUUCAUUUGCAUUGGAUAAAAGGCAAGGAAACUUUGGAAAGAUGGCAUACUAGAAUUACAUUACGAAAUUUAAAUGUUGUGGGCUUUGUAAGUGCUGUAACUGGCGUUACUGCAUUAAUUUGGUACCUGUUUCUUACGUUUUAUUACAAAAUUCCCAUUCAACCUAUUUCUGAGAGCACUAUCAUAUCAGCGGCAUGGUCUAUGAGCUGUGGAAAAUGGGGUAUUACGUUAAUGUACUACUCAAACAAAUAUGAACUAUUGGUCCAAGAAGGAGCAUCACCUAUACUCACAGAUAGCGCUUAAAACAUGACAUUUAUAUUUUAUAUAAAAUGAUAUUGCUUUUUUACAUAAUAUAAUUAAUGUACAGACCAAA